CUUCCUUUCUCUUGAACAUUUAGAGGCCAUUGUAGGCUUAUUAAUUGAUCUGACUUCAAUAAUGUGCGUCUCAGGGAAUAGGGAGACUGAGGAAAGGGAGAGAGAUGGGGAACAGCCAGCCAGUGAAGCAGUCAGAACACACACAUUUAUCAGUUAAGUUCACUGUCUUAUAUGGGUGCUGUUGGGUGGUGCCCCAAAACAGUUACAAUAGUAGCAUCAGAGAUCACUGACCACAGAUCACCAUAACAGACAUAAUGAUAAUGAAAAAGUUGUUGAAAUGUUGUGAGAAUUACCAAGGCACAGAGGCAUGAAGUGGGCACAAGCUAUUAGAAAAAUGGCACCAAUAGACUUGCUCAGCGCAGUUACCACAAACCUUCAAUUUGUAAAAAACGCAGUAUCUGCAAAGCACAGUAAAGGGAAGUAAACCUGUAGUAAAUUGCAUGCUAUGUUAGACUGUGAUAAGUGCCAAGGAGAAAAAUAACCCAAUACGCCGUCUCAGCGAGGCCGAGUGCGCCCACAAAGCAAACUGCAUGCAGAAAAUGCCACCUGUAGGUACCAGUCAUAAAGCACGUCCCCACCCUGAGUGGGCAGGAUGGCUAGGUACAGUUUCCACGUGAGGAAACCAGACUCACCCAGGACUGCCUACUGAGUGGCGCAGGCCAGUGUCCCAUUUCCACAGCCACAGGCUGAGAGCUGCCUCCCGAGGCCUCUGUCCGUCUAUCCGUGUGGCCGUCUGUUCACCAGCCCUGGGGAGGGGCUCUCCCAAGCCCCACUCCAGCGCCCAUGGCCUGCACUCUGCCUCUGCAUGCUUUCCUUCCUCCUUUGGGUGUUUGCUGAGCACCUACUAUAUGCCAGGCCCCAUGAUAGGCCCUGGGGCCACCCCCUUCCCUCACAGGGAUGACAGUCCAGGGUGAGAAAACAGAGGAUUUGCCUCGACCUAGGCCUCAGGGCCCCUCAUCUGCACAGGGCCCUGCGAAGGCCCUGUACUGAAUCUUGUAUUUGUAAUUUUGUGAUCAUCUUCCUAAAGAGCCACACCCCCAUACCUUAUGUUUCAUGGCUUCAUAAAACCUGAUUCUGUCCUGGUGGAGACGAACAACAAACAUGUAAACAAAUAAGUGUAUAAUUGUAAAAAGUGUCAAAUGCCAGGAAGGAAAAGCACUAAGUAUUAUGGCAGAAAAUAAUGGGGAGUGCAUAUCUCCAAUGGGGAGGGGAGUUGAGGUGUACCCCUUUGAGGAGGUGACAAGUUGAGGACUGCAGGGUGAGAAGGAGCCAGCCGGGCAAGGAGCCUAUGGAGUAACACAGGUGGAAGGUCUCCGAGCCUCUGCUUCCCCACACACGGAGUGGGGAGGCAGUCACAGCAGGGCGGGCUGUGAAGGGUAAGUGGCAGGUGCAGGGUGCCCACUGUGGGCACACCACCCAGUAGGACCUGUGGCUCAUGCCCCCGGCUCAGUUUGGAACUGCCCUUAAUCAGCUUUUGUCCUCCCAGGAGGGACAAGUAGGGCUGGCUACCUCCUCUCUCCCCCCAGCAGCUGGGGCCGGCUGUGCCAGGGCCAGGCUUGGGGGCGGGAGCUGAGAUCACUGGGCCUUUGGCUCUGUGAGUCCACUCUGGGGAGAGAGAAGCAGCCUGGCUGGGUGAGAGGGGACAAUUUGUUCAGGACUGGGGCUCGGACCCCUGAGUCUGACGGAGGAGGGGCUGGGGGCCUGGACUCCUGGGUUCUCCUGGGACAGGGACUCCCAGUUGAGCUGGGGCUGGGAGCGGGCAGAGAGCGGGGGUAGGGAAUUGGGCUCCGCACUCUGUUUAUAACACGUGCUCCUCACUGUCCUUUCUGGGUGGGAGGUGACUCUGGUGGCCACACCCUGGACAGGACAGCCCCUCCCCUAGUUUAUCGCCCCAGGCAGCCACUGGCACAAGCCACAGACUAGCAGUCCCAGCCCGGGAGCUCAGAAGAGGCCUGGGAGGGCCUCAAGGCUCAUACACAACAUGGACCUGCGCACAAUGACACAAUCGCUUGUGACACUGGCAGAGGACAACAUGGCCUUCUUCGCUAGCCAGGGCCCGGGGGAGACAGCACGGCGGCUGUCGGGUGUCUUUGCCGGUGUGCGGGAGCAGGCGCUGGGGCUGGAGCCAGCCCUGGGCAGCUUGCUGGGUGUGGCGCACCUGUUUGACCUGGACGCAGAGACCCCGGCCAACGGGUACCGCAGCCUGGUGCACACGGCCCGCUGCUGCCUGGCGCACCUGCUGCACAAAGCCCGCUACGUGGCCUCCAACCGCCGCAGCAUCUUCUUCCGCACCAGCCACAACCUGGCCGAACUGGAGGCCUACCUGGCCGCCCUCACCCAGCUCCGAGCUCUGGCCUACUAUGCCCAGAGCCUGCUGGCCACCAACCGGCCCGGAAGACUCUUCUUCGAGGGUGAUGAGGGGCUCACCGCCGAAUUCCUGCAGGAGUAUGUCACACUGCACAAGGGCUGCUUCUAUGGCCGCUGCCUGGGCUUCCAGUUCACACCCUCCAUCCGGCCGUUCCUGCAGACCAUCUCCAUCGGGCUGGUGUCCUUUGGGGAGCACUACAAACGCAACGAGACGGGCCUCGGUGUGACCGCCAGCUCCCUGUUCACCAGUGGCCGCUUUGCCAUCGACCCAGAGCUGCGUGGGGCUGAGUUCGAACGGGUCAUACAGAACCUGGAUGUGCACUUCUGGAAAGCCUUCUGGAAUAUCACCGAGAUUGAGGUGCUAUCGUCUCUGGCCAACAUGGCAUCGGCCACCGUGAGGGUAAGCCGCCUGCUCAGCCUACCACCUGAGGCCUUCGAGAUGCCACUGACCACUGACCCCACGCUCACGGUCACCAUCUCACCCCCGCUGGCCCACACGGGCCCUGGGCCUGUCCUCGUCAGGCUCAUCUCCUAUGACCUACGUGAAGGACAGGACAGCGAGGAGCUCAGCAGCCUGGUGAAGUCCGAGGGCCAGUGGACCCGGGAGCUGUGGCAGCGCGCCCAGCAGGCACCCCGCUCACGGUCCCUGGUCGUGCACUUCCACGGCGGCGGCUUCGUGGCCCAGACCUCCAAAUCCCAUGAGCCCUACCUCAAAGGCUGGGCCCAGGAGCUGGGUGCCCCCAUCCUCUCCAUCGACUACUCCCUGGCCCCCGAGGCGCCCUUCCCCCGCGCGCUGGAGGAGUGCUUCUUCGCCUACUGCUGGGCCGUCAAACACUGUGCCCUCCUCGGCUGUGACCAAGCCUCCCCCAAACCAGGCUCAACAGGAGAACGAAUAUGCGUUGCGGGGGACAGCGCAGGCGGGAACCUCUGUUUCACCGUGUCGCUUCGGGCAGCAGCCUACGGGGUGCGAGUGCCAGACGGCAUCAUGGCAGCCUACCCGGCCACCAUGCUGCAGUCCGCCGCCUCUCCCUCCCGCCUCCUGAGCCUCAUGGACCCCCUGCUGCCCCUCAGCGUGCUCUCCAAGUGUGUCAGCGCCUACUCGGGUGCGGAGACAGAGGACAACUCCGACUCGGACCAGCAGGCACUGGGUGUGAUGACACUGGUGCGGCGGGACACAGCUGUGCUCUUCCGAGACCUCCGCCUGGGUGCCUCAUCAUGGCUCAACUCCUUCCUGGAGCUGAGCGGGCGCAAGACCCAAAAGAUGGCACAGCCUGUGGCAGAGCCCAUGCGCCGCAGCGUGUCUGAAGCAGCGCUGGCCCAGCCCGAGGGCCCCCUGGGCACAGACUCCCUCAAGAACCUGACGCUGAAGGACUUGAGCAUGAGGAGCAGCUCCGACACGUCGGACACCGCCGAGAUGUCACUGUCAGCUGAGACACUUGGCCCCUCCAAGCCUUCCAACGUCAACUUCUUAGUGGGGUCUGAGAAUGCACGGGGACCGGUGGAGGCCAGAAGUGAGCUGAGCCCCAAGGACAGAGGCCUGGGUGCCCAGGCCGCCUUCCCGGAGGGUUUCCACCCGCGGCGCUCGAGCCAGGGUCCCACACAGAUGCCCCUCUACUCCUCGCCCAUUGUCAAGAACCCUUUCGUGUCCCCGCUGCUGGCACCCGACAGCAUGCUGAAGACCCUGCCGCCGGUGCACAUCGUGGCGUGCGCGCUGGACCCCAUGCUGGACGACUCGGUCAUGUUUGCGCGGCGACUGCGCAGCCUGGGCCAGCCCGUGACGUUGCGCGUGGUGGAGGACCUGCCGCACGGCUUCCUGACCCUGGCGUCGCUGUGUCGCGAGACGCGACAGGCCACUGAGCUGUGCGUGGAGCACAUCCGCCUCAUCCUCACUCCGCCCGCCGCGCCACCGGUCUGAGCCGCCGCGCGGGGGACGGGGGCUGCGGGGGGCGACACUAAAGGCCUCUGUUCCCACCUA